AUGCUCCUACAGAAACAUUUUAAAUUAGUUCCUAACCAAGAUAAUAAUUUAGAAGAAUUGAUAAAUGAAUUGGCUUUAUCUAAAAAGAAUAUCAAUGAAAUAAGGAAGUAUGGAACAAAAUUAAAAAGGCACAAUGAUGAUAUACAUAUAGGUUAUGAUAAUAAUAUAGAAGAUAAGGAGAAUUAUAAUAAUUUAA